CUUUAAGCAAACAUGUUGCCGGUCACUUUCUCACUGGCGCUCCCUCGCGCUCACAGCGCUGGGCCGGGAUGAGGUCACUUGCUCAUAAUGUGGCAUACCGUGGUAUCAUGUAUUCAUAACAAUUUGAACCCCGUAUAUGCAUUACAUGGCAUUGGAAACUCCGGGUGGCUCUAACUGAGGUGCGACGCUCCCCGCGUUGACUCCUCUACUUUAUCAGCCUGAGGCUAAUCUUCCGAGUAGAUGAAUUCCUUUUAAUAUACAGGAUAGCGCUAUAACGUAAGGCUUUGGCCAAAACGAGUCAAGCGUAAUUCCUGGUUGAAUUAAUAUGGAGCCAGGCGCUGUCGCGGGCCUAGCAAUUGGCGUUCUGCUAGCUGUGGUAGCUCUACCAGCGCUAUUGCUGCUAUGUGGACAAAGGCAGAGGGAGGCGCCAGUGCCCGGCGUGGGGCCCUCCAUGGCAAACCGCAUGGGGGCGCGCGGCCCUGGCGGACGGUCCGUCGCUACAGCCCUCGACCCCCUGCUACAGCCGGACUGGGCUGCCAAACAGGAAGCCAUCAAGGCGCACCAGCGGCAGCAGCUGGCGGUGACUGUGGCUGUAGCCAAGUCGACGCAGGGGGGCGGCGGAGGCAAGGGGAGCGUGGCGAUGGAGAGGGAGGAGGUGAUCAAGAUGGUGCUGCGGCAGCCUUCGACCAUGGCCGACAAGUACGCGCUGCCCAGCCACCUCACCAAACAGCUGGGGCAGAACUCGCGCCGCUCGGUGGCCGCGGUGUCGGCUGUGAGCUCACGGAAGGGCAGCGGCUCCAGCCAGGGCGACCCCAACGGCAACUCGCCACGCGUGGCAGCGCUGGCUGCCGCCGCCGCGGAGGGCGCCGCCGCCGCCGCCGCCGGUGGCGCGGGGUUUGGUGGCAUGGGCGGCCCCCGCCGCUCGCCGCAGCCCUCACCGUUGCGUCGGCCCGACGCAGCCGCCUUUGCUGGAUUCGGCGGCAGCGGCGGCGGCGGCGGCGGCAGUGGUGCGCCGUCGGGGCACGCGUCAUUCCACUACUCGCCGAGCACGGUCCAUGCCAACAGCAUUCACGUUCGCACGUCGGGCGGCGGCACGGAAACCGGUUACGAUGACGGCAGUCCGGUUACGCCCACACCUGACGGCUUCAGCCCUAACGCCAGCUUCAUUAAGGGCCGGUCCGUUGUGAAACGGUCGGGCACCAGUCGCCUACUGGUGUCGAGCUCGGCAGCUUUGGUAUAUCCAGUGGCGGGACCCAAUGAAGUCGAAGGUGGCAGCGGCGGCGGCGGCGGCGGCGGCGGCGGCGGCGGCGGCGGCGGCGGCGGCGGGAGCGGGGAGGUGGAGGAGGUGCAGGUGCUGAACGAGGAUGAGUCGGUGUUCAUGACUGCAGUGGCGGCGGCGGCGGCGGCGGGCUAUGGCGCUCUUCCGGAGGGCCGCCAGGCGGCUCCCCUCGGCGGCGGCGGCGGCGGCGGCGGCGGCGGGGUUGCGUUUCUGCCGCAGGCGCAGCGGAGCAAUCUGGACAUUCACGUGGGAGGGGCGCACACACCCCGAGGCAGCAGCUCGGGCGUGGCUUGGCCCGGGCUCAGCGGCGGCUCAGGUACGGCGUCGCCAGCCAGUGGCCGCGCGCCGCCGCCGCCGCAGACGCCGCGCAUGCCAAGCCAGCUCAGCAGUCCGGCGGCAGCGGCGGCGGCGGCGGUGGCGGCGGCGGGGUACGGCCAUGCCGGCCGCGGUAGCAGCCUCAGCGGUGGCUACAGCGCCGGCGGCGUUGCUGGCGGCGGCGGCAGCGGCGGCGGCAGCGGCGGCGGCGCCGCCGCCGCCGCGCUGAUCUCCCCAAUGAUGCUGUCCAACGCUCGCGGCGGCGGCGGCGGCGAUUACUCUUUGGUGAUGGGCGCCGCCGCUUCUUACGGCAACGGUAACGGCUACGGUGCCGUCGGCGGCGGCGCCAUCAGCGCCAGCGAGCACGGCGGCCUGGCGGCGGCGGCGACGGCGGGGCUUGGCGGCGGCAGCGGCGGCGCCCGAGGCACCACCGGCAGCGGCGGCAGUGCCAGCCCCGGUUCACGCAUGCUGGCGGCGCGCCCUUCCUUCACAGCCGCGUUCGCGUCGGCUGGCGGUGGCGGCGCCGCCGGCAGCCCCCGCGCCGGUUUCGUACACCCUGGUUUCGGCGGCGGCGGCGGGGGGGCCGCGCCGCCGCCGUCGCCGCGCUACAGCGCCAGUACGGGAUCCCAGGCUCAGUCGCUGUUGGCGGCGCGGCGGGGCGCCGGCUCCCACGAUGGGAUGGAGAUCACGGCGGCGGCGAUGGCGCCGCCGCUGCCGCCGAAGCAACAGAGCCUGGCGUCGCUCCCUGGCUUUGCUUCUGGCGAGGACGAGCAUGCGGAGGAGAUUGGGCCGGGCCGCGGCGGCGGUGGCGGACGGAGCGCGCCGUACGGCGCCACCUCCGCUGCCUACAUUGGCGGCGGCGGCGGCGGCGGCGGCGGCGGCGGGGGAGCCGCGGGGUUCCUGAAUGCUACGCGUGGGACCCGUGGCUCCUCAGUGCCACUGGUGCCUGGCACCCCAUCAAGGCUGUCGGGCUCUGGAGCCCGGGCUGCAGCCGACGUGGCGGCAGCGGCGGCGGCGGGCACGGGCACAGCGGCCGGACGCGCGGCCGCCGCCUUCCGCGGCGCAGGCGGCGGCGGCGCCGCCGCCGCCACGCACCACCAGCUGCAGCAGCAGCACUCAGCGCAACCGGCGCAGUUUGGCGGCUUGGCGGCGGCAGGCGACGGCGGCCGGCAGUUUUCCACAUGGAGCGGCGGCGCCGCAGCGGCGCCGGCGGCGGGGGCCGCCGCCAGCGCUGCCGUCCUGGCGGCGGCGGCGUUGCCGCCGCCGCCGCAGCACCACCACAAGCACGCCUUCGCGCCGCCGCCGCCGACGACGACGGCGACUGGCGGUGCCUACCCUGCGGGCGCGGAGGCUGGUGAUGGCGAUGGCAGCGGCGACGGUGGUGGCGGUGGCGGCGGUGGGGGUGGCGGCGGUGGGGGUGGGGGUGGUGUGGCAGCAGCGCCGCAAGCAGUGGCGGGCAGCAGGGCGGCGAGGGCGGCGGCGCUGCUAGCUCGGAACAGGAGCAACCUGAGUCGGCUGACUCAGCCCGCGGGGGGCGUGCAGUAGGCAGGGUGGGGUUGGGGGCGGGGGGUAUGUUUGCGAAGAUGAAACAAAUGCACAUGAUGCCAGAGUAGGUUGUGGCCAGCGUAUGUAGCAGACAGGGUGGGAGGCUGUCAGGUUUGCUCAGAGAGGGGCAUGGACUCGUGGAUGCAGUCCACGGGUGCCGCGUGCGAGCGGGGUUGCGGUUUUGUUUUGUCGCUGUCUCCAUCGACAGCAUUGCGGUUGCCCGUCUCGGUGUGCUUGUGUGUGCUUGUGACAACGGCUUGCAUGUCUGUAGAAGGCGUGCGGCUGCGUGGCCCCUUCAUUUGAGGUCUGAGUCACGGGUACCUUGCAUUGUUGACUCCUCCGGAGUGAAGUACCGUAUGAGCGUAAGAGGAGAAGACAACUUCUCACGAUGAUUUAGUUGGUUUGGCAAGGAGUGCCGUACACCUACGAGGCGCUGAGAACAUCUUCUAGUGAUUCUCUUUCUACCUGUCCCAUGUUGGGUUUUUUCAAGCAUUUUCAAUGUUGUGCCGUAUUUAUUCUGCUGUUAUGGCUGAUGUGACUACUUGCCGCCCGCCCACCGGUCUGCGGGAGGUGGGAGGCAACUGAGAGACGCAUCAUGGCCAUGAACUUGGGGUUUCAGGACUCAGCAUGGACUGUGGGACUCGCUUGCUUGCUUUGUUGCUCAACGUUGAGGCGUGAGAAGCGCAGAGAUCGCCGGGGUGAUUUGUGGAAUGCCAUAACGGCCUGAACUAGCCCCUUUCCGUCAACUGGCAAGCAUUGUGAUCAACGUAAUGAGUGUGCGAUGGGACAAGGUUAAGGCAGACUGGCGACGUCCCGUAUGGUGCGGCUGAUCAACGUAAUGAGGGUUUGCGCACGCACUACCGGUACUGCUGUGGCACGUGUGUCGGGAACUCGGGAAGUGCUCGGGGGGUGGGAGCCUGGGAGGGAGACGCCUGGGCCAGUGGGGCACCCCUGCCAUUGGCGUGUGCAUAUCCCGGUUGGGCCCUGAUAGCGUUUUUUGGGCUGAGCCCCCUGAGCGAAGCGAUCCAGGGGGCGCGAAGCCCCCCAGGAUUGCCCCUGCGUUGACAAAAAGUACCAUACUGGCACAAACCGCGAGCGCCACGUAUUAUUACUUGCUAUUCCCUAUUGUAGAAAAAUAGGCCGCAGGGCCGGAGCGAGAAGCGACCUCGCGAGUCCAUGGACAUCUUGACUUUCUUCAGUCCGCGAGUAUAGCUCUCGGGCCCUGAAUAUCUUACAUCCAUGUAUCAAAACAUGUCGACGUCAAGCGCUUGGGGCAAGAAUGUCGAAAGUUUGUGCAACAGCCGAACCAUGCGUGCCGAUCCCGCCUUAAUUAUGUCGCGGCCCCGGAUUACGCGCCCGAGCCCCACUAGCCGUUUGUGGUGCUUGUGAGGGAUUUGGAAUGAGGUAUCACGGGCUCAUGUGUGGAGUGGCGUGGACAGGGCGUGGCGGUGCCUUUGGUAUGCCCCUUUGCCAGUCCCGCUGGGCUUGCAAGGGUGCUGUUUAUGUCGCCGGUACCCAUCGUCACAUCCCUUGCUCUAGGGGCUCAGCCCAUUUUCCAGCUGUACAAAGCUGACACCCCUUGUUCAAGCACGUCAAUAGCAUGUGAUGGCUCGGCGUCUUCGGGUGCUGGGACUGUCCCCUCUGUAACAUAUGCAUUCAUAUCCCGGCCAUUGGGGUUGGAAGCGGGGGGGUGGAAAGGCACCGUGCGGCCGCAGGCAUCCCGGCUUGCCCUGUCUUGCCCCGUCAUAUGCACGGUAUUACCGUACUGACGCUUGAAAUUUUAUCUCUAAUAAUUUUAGCGGUGCGCGGAGGGGCUGGUUUAUGUUUUUAACUUUUAUCCCGGGGGCCAGUCAGGUCUUGAAGUUUUAUGGGACGGAUGGCGGUGUGGCGUGCCACGCGUGUAACAGCCCUAACAC